CCGAACGCCAUAUCAGAAAAGAAAAAUGGCGACGAUAGGUAGCAUGUGCUUGAGGUCCGCGAGGCGAAUGACCAGUAUUACCCGUUCAUAUAUUCUUCGUACAACACCUAUUAGAUCAAAUUUGAAACAAUUCUCAGCAACAGCCACAGAAACCAAUAAUAAUGGAUCGACUCCACCUGAACCCAAGGAAAAGUCAGAAGAGAAACUUGAGACAAAGCCGGAUCAGAAAGCUUCAGGUCCAUCUGAAGCUGAAAUUACACUUCAGAAAGAAAAGGCAAAGUUGGAGGAAACUAUGAAGGACAUUAAGGAUAAAUACAUGAGGGCUUUAGCAGAGACAGAGAAUGUGCGACGAAGGAUGAAGAACCAAGUAGAUGAUGCUAAGAUCUUUGGAAUCCAGGGGUUUUGUAAAGAUUUGCUGGAAGUUGCUGACAUUUUGGGGAAGGCCACAGAAAGUGUACCAAAAGAGGAGCUGAAAGAAGAAAAUAUUCAUUUAAAGAACUUGUUUCAAGGACUUACUAUGACGGAAUCACAGUUAUUAAAGGUGUUUAACAAACACGGACUUGAACAAAUUGCCCCGUCUGAAGGUGAAAAGUUUGAUCCAUUUGUCCACGAGGCUAUGUUUGAAGUACCUACCCCUGACAAGGAUGCUGAAGCUACAAUAGCAGUUAUCACAAAAAAGGGGUACAAACUCCAGUCUAGAACUAUCAGACCAGCUCUUGUGGGAGUGUACAAACCAACAUGAUGUUCCAAAGUUUGAAAGCCAUAGCUAAGUCAUUACAUUUCUUGUCAGAUAAGUCCAUGCAUUAUUGAUAAAGUGAAGAAAAGAUUCCAUGCAUUAUUGAUAAAGUGAAGAAGAGAUGUGGGUGUACACACCAGUGUGGUGCCAGGGCUAUUAAAUUGUGUCAAGUCCAAUGAAAGUAUAUCAAUAUUUAGUAUAAUUUACUAUAUGAAAAUUUAGGUUUUAUAGUGGAAUAUUGAAAAUCUGCCUGCAGAUCAGACUGGGCCUCCAGAAAAACAAUUUACACCCCUAUUAUGGGAUAAUGUGACAACCUGAUUAGAAUGUCAAAUGUUCAAUGUUUAAUCCAACUAAUAUAUGUCUAUUGGCUCCAUCUGGGAUAAAUUUGACAGAACAAUUUUACAUGUACUUGUAUUUUUAAUACAGUGUGUAAAGCAUUCAUGUUGUGCAUUGGUCAUCAACAUUGUUAAAAGAUAUCUGCGCAGUUAAAGUUUGUAAUUGGAUCCUUGAUUGUGCCUGCUAAGACAUGUAUGUAGCCCAUGACAGUUAUAUCGGUAGGUGAAACAUUCCUUCUUGUCGAUUUCUAGAGGCUUAUAAGUACCAAGUAGUUUUGGUAUCUGAAAACAGGAUGUUUCAGCACUUUUUGUAAAGAUAAAAAAUGCAGGAAAAUCUUGAAUUUUUAUCAUCGUCAGUAUAAGCAGUGUACAGAAUACAUUUACACCAUUAACACCUUCUCAUUGUUUCGGCAUUGUCCGUGAUCCCUAGGUACCUGUUUUGAUCUAACUUUGAUUAUUGCAAGAACGUGUACGUUAAACCCCAAGCAAAAUAGAAACAAAAUUGUGAAAAAUGAUCAUAAGAUUUAGAAAGGUUUGCAGUUCCCCAAAAUUCAUCCAGGUGCUUUAACAAGCUUAACAUGGAUUGAUGUUGUUGGAUAUAAGAGGAAUGACUUGUAACAUCAGAAAGUAAGGUAACCUUAAGUAUAUGUUGGAACAAAAUACCCUGUUACUUUUUCAGUAAAAACGUUACAUGAAAUAUUUACUGUUUGUGGUAUGGGCGAAACUGGUACUGAAUUUGUGCUAUGGUGUUAACUGCAAUCAUUGUUGGGGAAACAACUGAAUAAGUUAAUAAUUGCUUGAUGUGUACGAGACUGUUGUAUGUAUGAUGUGUUGUAUGACAUGCAAGUAUGGUACAGUUAGACUGAAAUGAUUAUAUUUAUUGGUUCCUAUAUCAUGUGUCGCUGUAAAAGACUUGAAGGUUAAAAAAAAGCUGAAUAGACCUUUCAGAUAACACUGUUUUCGGCCUCUGUGCCUUGUACAUGUACUAGGUUACUUGAGAACUCUUAACUGUAAGAGGCUUGGUCAUUAACCUUAAAAACAAUAAUUUGAAUUGAUAUUUUGAGAGUGAAGCUUUUCCGGUUUUCAACUCAUUAGUUAAAAAUCAGUGAACCAAAAGCUUCUCUGAUUAUUAUUCAAUCUUCUGUAAUUAUAAA